CUGGGCACUGGGCAAUUUAGAGCCGCGCGCCCGCGGGAACGUAAGAUGGCGGAGUAGCAAUGCGAAGCUUUUAGUACGGAGUCUCUGGGCUGACUUUGGUUCAGGGCUUGCAGCAGCAGUGAUCGCUGAGCAAAGAGUGCCUAGGGUCAUUGGCCAAGAUGCCGAAUAUCAAAAUCUUCAGCGGCAGCUCCCAUCAGGAUUUGUCCCAUAAAAUUGCUGACCGCCUGGGCCUGGAGCUAGGCAAGGUGGUGACUAAGAAAUUCAGCAACCAGGAGACCUGUGUUGAAAUUGGCGAAAGUGUCCGUGGAGAGGAUGUCUACAUCGUUCAGAGUGGCUGUGGUGAAAUUAAUGACAAUCUAAUGGAGCUUUUGAUCAUGAUUAAUGCCUCAAGAGCCUUAAACAUAAGCCGGGCUCCAAUCUCAGCCAAGCUUGUUGCAAAUAUGCUUUCCGUAGCAGGUGCAGAUCAUAUUAUUACCAUGGACCUUCAUGCUUCUCAAAUUCAGGGCUUUUUUGAUAUCCCUGUGGACAAUUUGUAUGCAGAACCAGCUGUCCUGAAGUGGAUAAGGGAGAAUAUAUCUGAGUGGAGGGACUGCACUAUUGUCUCACCCGAUGCCGGGGGAGCUAAGAGAGUUACCUCCAUUGCAGACCGGUUGAAUGUUGACUUUGCCUUGAUUCAUAAAGAACGAAAGAAGGCCAAUGAAGUGGACCGCAUGGUGCUGGUAGGAGACGUGAAGGAUCGGGUGGCCAUUUUCGUGGAUGACAUGGCUGACACUUAUGGCACAAUCUGCUUGGAUGACAUGGCUGACACUUGUGGCACAAUCUGCCAUGCAGCUGACAAACUUCUUUCAGCUGGAGCCACCAGAGUUUAUGCUAUCUUGACUCACGGAAUCUUUUCUGGCCCCGCCAUUUCUCGCAUUAACAAUGCAUGCUUUGAAGCAGUAGUGGUCACCAAUACCAUACCUCAGGAGGAUAAGAUGAAGCAUUGCUCCAAAAUACAGGUGAUCGACAUCUCCAUGAUUCUUGCAGAAGCCAUCAGGAGAACUCACAAUGGGGAAUCUGUUUCCUACCUGUUCAGCCAUGUCCCUUUAUAACAGAAUAACUUCUGAGGCUUUUAAAAAAUAAAGUGAACCCCUUCCCUUGUUUUCCCUUGGUGUUCGAUGGAAAAUUCAGCAAAAGCCCCAGCUUGCUCCAAUAGCUUUCUACAUCCCAUUCCAGGUAUAUUAACUUUUCUCCAAAAAUUAGGGAAAGGCAGAUUGAGACUACUCAGGUUUCCUGCCUGCAUUGUCUUGUUCUGGCUUCUUUGAUUUUGUGGGCCUUGCAGCUUUAGCUAUCACUCAGCUUCUACAAGAUUUCAGACUUUGAAGGGUGUUGUGUGGGGGUGCUUGAAUGUGUUUGGGGAAGCUCAGACUGCUUUUCACGUGAAUGUUUCUGGGAUUCCUAGGUUCAGAACUACUAGCAACAGAGCCAACCCCAAAAUAAACAAAAUAAAAAGAUCAAAGCCAAACUAACUCCCAACCCCCCUUAACAUGUGACAAGUUCUCUAAAGUCUAUACUAAAUUACAACAAGAGCCCUAGGCAGCCCAGAAUCCAGCUCUGGUUGCUGAUUCCCUGUAAGGCAGGCAGCUCUCAGGUAGGAGCCUGAGGGAAGGAAGGCAGCACACACUGCAGCAGAUGCUUCUUGGGAGGAAAAGAGCCUGAUCCCUCAACCUCUGCUAGGAAACUGUCACUUAGUCUCUUUUGUACCUGUUCCUUUUCCAUUUGGUUUGACCUUCAACCAUCUUGACCUUUUCCUGGCUAAAUACCUUCUUGGGCCCAAAUGAUCAUUGUACCAUAGUCUUCUGGAAAGCAAACCUCACUUUUUGCUGUGUAUUCUUUAACAUUUACAUGAGAUUAUUUUGCUGUAGCUUAAUCUUAGCCCACUAUCACUGUGGUAGAAGGUUCUAGGUGGUUUUGUACUGCCUUUUGAUUAAUUUAAGUAUUUAAUUUUCAUCUUAUUUCAUUGGAUCUGUUUGGCCUCUCAAAUGACCUGAGGUUUCUGUUAAAAGAUUGAUGUUACUAGCUUGUGUAGAGGAAACUAAUAAAGUAUCUGUGUGUGAUUGUGGGUCUA